UAAAUUUCAUUCUGGAAAAAUAAUAAAAAUACGAUGAUGGUCGAAAUAGUUCUUCUAUUCUCGAAGUUGGAACGCGAGGUUCGAACGAAAGGUUUCCUCCAUUAGAAUCACGCCAUGAGCCUCGGUAUUGCCCAUCGACUCGAACGUUUCGAGUGUGAAUAGGUCAUCGUCCAACAAUAUAUGUACACUGCCGUAUCGUGCUGUCAUAUUGUGUGUGGCGAGCAUUUAACAGACGGUGCUGUGCUUUCUAGACGCGUUAGCAACCCUUAAAUUGUUCGCUUUGUCACCAGCGAUAUACCGACACAGAAAACAGACAACGUCGAGAAGAUACGAUCGACCGACCCGCAAGGCAAGCGUGCCCAGCCUUUAGUCGCGUACCGGCCACCGCGCACUGCACGUCGCGAGGUGUUUGUAUCCGGAGGACGAGACUUCUGCUUCGUUCCACUGACAGAAAGGGGGAGAGAGAAAGAGAGAGAGAAAUUAACCUAACAAACGAAAGAAACAAAGAAAGAGGCAUUUCUCGUUCGAGUUCUUUCAAAAUUUUUAUCCAUCAUUUCGAUCCAUCUGGUUAAUUUAUCCAGGCUUCAGAAUCGAAUUUAAAAUAGAGGAAGAAAAAGUUGAAAGUCAAAGAAUAAAACGUAAAAUGAUGGCCAAGUACGAGAUCCUCGGUUCGAGUUGAUCGAGGAUUUUUCCCUUUUAGAAAAGAUCGAAUCGACCAAAGCGUUGAUUGAAGAGAGAGAGAGAGAGAGAGAGAGAGAGAGAGGAAAGAGAGAAGAAUUGAAUAUACGAGUUCGAGAGUAUCGAGAGGCGUAAAAACCAGCCAUGGAUCCUUACUCGUUAAGUGUUGAACGCGAGGCGUCGAAGAAUAUCGAGGAAAAUGAAAGAGAAUGCUUCAAAGAUGCGAUCGUGUCGAGCAGAAGUCUCAACAAAGGCUUUGUCGAGCCUACCAACAUUAAAAAUGCCAUACCCGAGAUCGCUUCCUGUAUCAUUGCCGCGUCUUUCCACAUAUCGGUAGGAUUAGCCAUGGCAUAUUCGGCUAUACUGAUUCCUCAUCUCGAAGAUCAAGAUGCGGAAUUGCACGCAACCCAAGAGCAGACUUCCUGGAUCGCCAGCGUGGUUGUAGUUUGCACGCCUUUGGGCGCCGUGCUAGGCGGAUUUUUAAUGGAGACAGUGGGAAGGUUGCGCACCCUUCAAUACGGUGCCAUACCUUUCGUUGCAAGCUGGAUUCUUAUUGCGCUUUCGACCAAUAUCCCGAUGGUUUUGGUUGGUCGAUUGUUAGCAGGCUUGGCCACGGCUAUGGCAACAUCGCCAGCCAUUGUUUACAUCACCGAGGUCGCGCGGCCGGAACUCAGAGGCUCGAUGAUAUCUUUCGGCCCAACUUUAGCCUCGUUUGGCAUGGUGCUUUCGUACUUAAAAGGUGCCUACAUUGACUGGAGAAUUGUUGCCUGGCUCAGCAUCGUUUACGCGGUCGUGCCAGUUAUUCUGGUGCAAUUUUUCGUCCCGGAAUCGCCUGUAUGGCUCGUUUCAAAAGGACGGUUAGAUGAUGCGAAGAAAUCUUUGGAAUGGUUGUACAAACGCGAGGAGAAGCAAGGAAAAGUGUCCGCCGCGGAAGCACAAUUUAUCACAAUCUUAAAAGAGAACGAGAUAAAAUUAAGCGAGCAAAGAAAAAGCAAGCAUGGAGGUAUCUCUACCAAGCUGAGAGGAUUUUUGAAACCAACAGGAUGGAAACCAAUGAUGAUACUUUUCCUAUUCUUCUCCUUUCAACAAUUUUCUGGCAUCUAUAUUACUCUUUUCUACGCUGUUACAUGGUUCCAAGAAGUUGGUUCCGGUGUGGAUGCGUAUAUAGCCUCGAUUCUAGUCGGUGUAACCCGUUUUCUAUGUUCGAUGGUGAACACCUGGUUAUUAAGACGAUACAAGAGGCGACUCCUAUGUAUAAUUUCAUCCUUGGGAAUGACUCUUUGUAUGGGUGUUUCUGGUUACUUCACUUAUCUUAUUAAGAAUGGCGAUCGUUCCGGAAAUUGGGUUCCCGUUUUAUGCCUGUUACUCUACGUUUGCACGUCUAUGGUCGGUAUGCUGACUAUUCCAUGGACAAUGACGGCCGAAUUGUUCCCAACUGAAAUCCGAGGAAUCGCCCAUUCCAUUAGUUAUUCCAUAGCCAAUUUACUCAUGUUUUCUGCCCUGCAGAGUUACAGAAGUUUGCAAGAUUUUCUGGGUGGGUCUCAUGCCGUGCAAUGGUUUUUUGCUGGCGUUUCGUUAGCAGCCGUCGUUUUCGUAUGGUUGUUACUUCCAGAGACUCAUGGUAAGAAACUCUCCGAGAUCGAGGAAUAUUUCCAAAAUCAUUUCCUAGCUGUCGGAGCUGAAGCAAAGACAAGGAAACGAAGAAGACAGAGAAGAGCGCAACGAAACGCCAAAUCGUCCGCUACGCAACCAUUGAAUCCUAAAACUAUACAAAACGUGUAAAUUUCUCUUCCAUGAGGCUGGAAUCGUAAGAUGCAAAGAAUUCCUAGCCAGAGAAUACGUAUUAGCGUAUACUCUAUACAUGACACACAAAUUAUCUUUUAGUUCAAAGUUGUUACCCUUGUAAAAGAUAAAAUACGCGCCCAAAUUUUUAUAAAUUAUAUCGAUUUACUUUAAUAUUGUUAAGAUUGUUAGCAUUUCGAAAAGUUAAAAAGCGAGAGGCAGGAAAAGGAAUCGAAAGUAUGUAUGAAAGAGAACGAAAGAGAGAGAGAGAGAGAGAGAGAGAGAGAGAGAGAGAGAGAGAGAAAUAGGAAUGUUACGAUUACGAAACCGUGUAGUUUCAUACUUAAAUAACUUGCUUUCACUUAAAUAAUUGCAAGAAAAAAAAAAUGAACUGAGGAAAAAAAAUUGAGGAUUCUCAAUAUCGAAGGUAAUUCUCAUUGAUUAUAUAUAUAUUAUAUAUUACAAAAUCAGACUUCGUUUAUUACUAAUUUUGAAGGAAAAUUUUAAAAAACAAUUAUUCAAAGAAUGAUACAAGCAAAAUGAAUUCGCAGAUUUCUGCAAUCGUUGAAUUACAUUUGUUUUGCGAUAUAUAGCCUCGAGAUCCAAAUGCUUGCACGUGUGAAAUAGUAUAUAUAUAAAUGCGUAUACAGCAGGAAAGAUGAUUAAUAAUACGCACGGCACGCAAUGUGAUGUUGCCAAGAAAACUAGAUGAAAAUUUGUACCAAAAAUUAGCAAACGAUUUUAUAGGCGAGAUAUAAAACAGUAUUAUAGGUUGAUCCGAUACAGCCUUCCAUAUAAAAUAUACAUUUUAUGGAUGACCGUAGAGGAUGAAAAGAUAAAAAGAUUUUUGUCCGAGAACAAAUGCUGAGUAUGUGCCUAAGAUAAUCUUUUUUCUAUUGUACAUUGUCUCGCGAAACAUCUAUAUACGUUUGCCGUUUUCAGGCAGGCAUAGCAUUCCUUUUGGAAAUCGAUUGUUAACAACUAUGCUGUGAUUAAAUAAUAUUUACAAAGAAAAUUCAUAUAACGUGAAGUGCAGUAUUCCGUUCUGCCUGCGAAGCGUACCAUUUAAAAAGCAAAUAAUAUCAAAGCGCAGGCGCUGCGUAAAUCACUAACGCCAUCUAUCGAUUCGUUCAAAUUUAUGGAUUCUUCUUUUAGUGACAUCCAUCGUCUAUCUAUUAUUUAAACUAUAGAUAGAUCUAAUAUUACGAUCGUCACUUUUUGUACGACUUUUUUCACGUUUAAUGUUUGUGCUGAUAUAUACAUCAUUUUUUAUGAUAUUUUUAUACCGAA